AUGCCAGCAGCACAAGCGGCUAAUCCUUCCGAAGCGCAACCCGAAAGCAAGGUCGUCCGCCUACACAUUACGCCUUUUCGCCCCGAUCUGCUCAAGGUCUACGUCGCGCCUUCUAUCCUUCCCUUCGCGCAGAAUAUCUCAUACCAUACGGUUGCCACAUUUCCCGAAAAGGGUUUCGGUUACGUUGAGCUACCCGAGACGGAAGCUCAGAAGAUCAAGAAGAAGCUAAACGGCACAACGUUGAGGGGUUCCAAAGUGCGCAUAGAGAUGGCGAAACCAGAGAAGCGCAAGGCUCUGGUGGAAGCCGACGCAGUGGAAGUAGAGGACGCGGAAAGGUCGUCCAAACGCGCGAAGAAGGAGAAGAAGGAGAAAAAAGAAAAGAAGGAGAAGAAGAAGGGGAAGGAGCAGGGCGUAUUGGACGGCGUCGAGCUACCAGACGAUAGGAAGGUCAAGCGCGGGUGGACCGAACCAGCGCCCAAGAACAAGAAGGAUAGGAAGGACAAGAAAGACAAAGGUGACAAGGAGGCGAGGAAGGAAGCGAAGAAGGAGCGGAAGCACUCAAAGUACACCAAAGAGCCUGAGGUGCUCUUCAAGGCGAAGCUGACGCCUGUUGCUGCGACCGAGGUUGCGCACAAGGAUGAGAAGAAGGGGAAAAAAGAGAAGAAGGAAAAGAACAAGUCAAGUAGAGAAGUCGUCAUCCAUGAGUUUGAGAAGAACCAUAAGACCCCCAGCUUCUUGAAACAACCAGAGGUCGCCUUGUCGACGAAGCCUGCAGUAGACUACGUCAAUGGACAGGGGUGGGUAGACGAAGAUGGUGUUGUUGUUGAGCCUGAGACUGGAAAGGCCAAGGCUAGGAGGGCUCUGGAGUUGGUAGAUGCGCCUUCAGAGGCUGCAAGAGCCUGGAUCGAUGGUACAGCAAAAUCUUCGGCGUCUACAUCCAAAGAUCAGAAGAAGAAGAAAGCUACCCCGCCGCCAUCAUCAUCUGAGUCGGAGGACGAUGAAUCAUCAGUAGUUUCGUCUUCUUCUGAGGAUGAGGACUCUUCCGACUCUGAAUCAGAGGAAUCGGAAUCGGAACCGGAAUCAGAACCGGAAUCAGAGGCCGUAUCUUCUGCAUCUUCUCCUGUCCCCGUCGUCGAGAGCAGGAAAACGCCCGAGGAGGCUCAGCCGACUACAUCAUCAGAGAAAGAGGUCCAUCCCCUCGAAGCACUAUUCAAGCGUGCAAAGCCUGCAGAUGGUGCAACGUCGACCCCUACCAAGAAGCUCACUCCAAUCGACACGUCUUUCAGCUUCUUCGACAACGAGGAACCCAUGGAAGUCGACGGCGAGCCUACUGACGAAGCCCCCACGACGCCUUUCACGCAAAGAGACAUUGAGUGGAGAGGUUUGCGAAGCGCAGCACCUACCCCAGACACCGCCGCCAUUGGCCGCCGCUUCUCCUUCGACUGGCGCAAGAACAGCCAAGAAGCCGAUGACGAUGAAGACAUGGGAGAUGUAGAUUCACUUGCUGAGCAGAGACUGUCCCACAACACGCGAGCGAAUGCCAGCAAGCUAGCUGGCGUCACAGAAGAGGACGAAGACGAUGCGGUUACCGGCGCAGACGAGGAAAAGCCUGAGAGCGAAUUCAGAAAGUGGUUCUGGGAGAACCGAGGAGAUCUAAACAGGGCGUGGAAGAAGAGGAGACGGGAUGCUUUGAAGGCCAAGCGACAUAGUGAGAAUAGGAAGAUGACGGGUGGGAGGAGAGUUUAA